AUGGGGGGAAGUAAAAACGACAAUUCGCAGGUGAAUAAGGGGGGAGGUGGGGGCUCGAGUAAAAGCUCCAAGGGGGGCAGUAGCAAGUCCAGGGAUGGGAUAGGCAAGUCCAAGGAGGGGGUAGGAAAGUCUAAGGAUGGGAUAGGCAAGUCCAAGGAGGGGACAGGCAAAUCCAAGGAUGGGGAAGACAAGUCCGCCUCGGCGAGAACGCCCACUGGGGAGGAGGACACGGCGGCAAAGAUUGAGGACACGACGGUUGGCGCGGGGGAUUCCGAGAAGGCAACUGGAAGCAGUUCUGCAGCCUGUGCCGAGGGCGCCACUACAACGGUUGCCACUACAACGAUGGUGACUACAACGAUGACCGCUACAACUGCGGGUAGCACCGCCGCCAGCCCCCCCAGUGGUGGCAAAGUGACAAAGGGGGGAAGCAGCAAAGGGGGGAGUAGUAAGGGAGGGAGCAGCAAGGCGAGCGCGAAGGGGUCAGGCAGCUCCAAGAAUAGGGAUAAGGGUUCAGCGAGCGCUGCACCCAGCGGUAGUAAAGUGGCCAAGGGGGGGAGCAGUAAAGGGGGGAGUAGCAAAGGGGGGAGUAGCAAAGGGGGGAGCAGCAAAGCGCGUAGCACGGGGAAGGCGCUGAGUUCGUUAUCCAAAUUCAACGACUCGUACGCCUUGAUAUUUCCAAACGCACUGCCAGUAAAGCAAGUGAUGUGGGGCCUGGACCCCCUGAACAAAGUGUGGAGGUACUGUUCCAUUGUGUACGCCAGACCAAAGAAUAAAAAUUUGAAUGAUUUAAAUUUUAUUUUCCCCUUAAAUUUAAGUAAAAAUGAAAUAAUGAAUAAAUUAUCAUCGACGGAAAUGUCCACAAGUACCACUCAAAUGAAAGAGUGCGAUUAUGACUACUAUGUGCAUUGGGAGAAAUUUGACAGGCGCUUAGAUUGCUGGUUAGCAUAUAAGAAUUUGCGUCUGCUGGAAGAAGAGCCAGAUGAUGGGUUGCCUUGUAUAGGGCAAAUGGAUAAUGAACAUUCAGAACAUGAUGAUCAUGCAGGAAUCGAUAAAGAAUAUCUGAGAGAACAUGAAGAAAACACAAAAUUAAAAACAAUUAAUCAAAUUAAAUUUGGAAAAUAUUUAAUUGAUACUUGGUACUUUUCGCCAUACCCAAAAGAAUAUCAAAAUAUUGACAUACUAUACAUUUGUGAAUUUUGUUUAUCCUUUUUUAAAGAAAAUGAAGAGCUGCUUCGUCAUACAGAAAAAUGUGAAAUCAGACAUCCGCCUGGAAAUGAAAUAUACCGUUGUGAAAAUAUUUCCAUUUUUGAAAUUGAUGGAACUUAUUUUAGAAUUUAUUGUGAAAAUUUAUGUUUCUUGUCCAAACUUUUUUUGGAUCAUAAAACAUUAAAACAUCGAGUCAAUUUAUUUUUAUUUUAUGUCAUCACUGAGUGUGAUAAAUUUGGCUAUCACAUCACAGGAUACUUUUCAAAAGAAAAAUAUUCAAAAAAUAAUGUGUCUUGCAUUUUGACCCUUCCUCAACAUCAGAAAAAAGGGUAUGGAAAAUUUUUAAUAAAUUUUAGCUACUUUUUAUCUCAAACUGAAAAACGUACUGGUACUCCUGAAAGGCCUUUAUCAGAUUUGGGAGUGGCUUCUUAUAUGGCUUACUGGUACGAGACACUGCUCAAGGUGCUGGUCAACUAUGAAGAGUUGUCCAUUCAAGACUUGUCGGAAAUGACUAGCAUUGAGACCAAUGAUAUUAUUUCGUGUCUUGAGGAGAAGGAGAUUUUUAAAACUGUCGCCAGUGCGGGAGGGGAGUCUGUGUACUACAUCAACCCGCAGCAGCUGGAGUUUGUGCUCGCCAAGGUGGGCCAAAAGAACUACGAAUUGUGCAGGAGUAAGCUGCACUGGGUCUCCUACGAUUAUUACUUGGCCAUGUACGAGUAG